CUUGCAAGCUUGAACGUUACGUUCAACUCAAGACGAUGAAACGACUUGGAUGGCGUGACAUCCGCGCUCCCACUUAGGGGGAUAACAGGUCCUGCAAAGUCCGCCCGAACAAUAACACAGAUUGUGACAGACCAUGUCGUUCCUUCACACGAGCCUGGGAGCUAUGGCGACGCAUGCCUGUUGUUUUGAGGCUGUCGGCUUACAAGCUUCUCCUCUGGAUCGGUCAGAGAAUCUACAACAGAGCCUCCGCGUAUACUCAGCGCGUUCCAUUCGACCUAUACAUCAAGUAUGGGCCCGCCGUGCGCAAGACCGAGGCGGCCGCCACAGAUUACGUUGGAAGACACACCACAAUCCCCGUGCCUAGAGUACUCGAUACCUUUCAGGACUCAAGGGGUGAUACCUUGAUCGUCAUGACGAGGCUCCCCGGCGUACCAUUCGGGCUACACUUCGACAUCGAAGACCUUACCCUCGCAGAAGCAGCCGCGUUCGAAGCCACGCUCAGGGAAUGGCUAUCGCAGCUUCGCAUGCUUCCCGCGUCCUCGGAAGCGGUCUGCGCUUUUGACGGCUCAGCCUGCCGGGCCAUGUCAGUGAAGCAAGACCACGAUUUCGGACCUUUCCCGACGCAGCACGAGUUCCACGACUUUCUAUACAAACAGGUUCCCCGACGCUUCCACGAGGACCUACGGAAAAAAGCAGCCGCGUCGCACUCGAAGCCCCACCGCAUUGUUCUAACGCAUGGCGAUCUGCAUCCCAACAAUAUCUUGAUACAUAACGGGCGUCUCUCGGGGGUGAUCGACUGGGAAUGCGCAGGCUGGUUCCCUGAGUACUGGGAGUACGCCGAUGCGGUCGAGAAGCGUCCCAAUUAUCGGGCUUGGUGCGACGUCUUCCGUCGCAUUUUCCCUCAGUAUGAGGAGGAGCGCGCGGUCGAAGAGGCGAUUCGGAGGGUAGCAAAUCCGUGGUGACGAUGCCUAGUGAGUGGCCAUUUGACUCGAUAAAAAUAUGCUGAUCGUUUGGUCACAGUGGUCCUAUUGACUUUCCGCACGAAUCUGAAGAGUCCGCUGUUCCUCGUGCUCAGUUUCUAUCACUCAUUCACCUUGAUUCCAUGUGUGGGCAUCACGUCGUAUGGUAGCUGUGCGGUCGUACUACCCAAGCUUUCAACCA